UUAUAAAAAAAAUAAUGAUACAAAAAACAAAAAAAAAUAGAGUGAAUAAUGUGAAAGUUUAAAUGAAAGCUUUGUCACGUUCAGUUGUUAGAAAGUAAGAAAAUAAAUAAAAGUACAACUGAAUGAUAUAUUAUUUAAACGUGACUUGAUACUUUUAAAAUUUAUUUGAUUUAUUUUGUUUCCUCGGGCGGCCAAAACAGAGUACGUUUGUGUAUACACAAAAAUAAUAGUUUUCGUAGCUCAUAUAAUAGAUCCGAUGAAAAAAAGUGUCUGAGGUCUGGGUCGAGAGUUUGGGAUCCCUCUGCAAGGAUAGGAUGACUCGACAAUCUGGGGCGAUUCACUUCCGGGGACUAACGGAUUCAACGAGGGAACUAACAACCCUCGUAACUUCUUACUCUUCCCUGAGGUCAAUUUCCAGGUCAAUUUCGAGCGGGAGUUUUUCGACUUUCACUUCGAUUUCUUCUUCGUCGUCUUCAUCGGAUCCGGAGUACGGGAGUAUUGAUCCGCUGGACGUGGUGCUUCUGUUUGACGAUAAGGUCAGUGUUAACGGGAGUGAAAGUGCAAGUGGUGGUGAUAAAGUGCGUGAGACCUUCACCGGAAUAAUAUUAAACGGGAGUGAUUACAACGAGAGUGUGCACGACCUCACGGUUAACUUGCAAGACAAUGGGCUCAACAAUUGGUGGGCGAUGCUUGCGGUCGUUUUGGUGGUCGGCACCGCCGCCGGGAAUAUCCUCGUGUGCUUGGCUAUCACCUGGGAGAAGCGCUUGCAGAAUGUCACCAAUUACUUUUUGAUGAGCCUCGCGAUCACCGAUCUUAUGGUCGCUAUUCUUGUUAUGCCUCUUGGAAUUCUUACACUUGUCAGAGAUUCAUCAAUCAUGGGUGACGAUAAGGACUCGUCAACAUCUACUCCAGCGGAUACUCCCCAAGAGGAAACUCCACAUCAUUCAAGGACGCCUAUCAUCCAGAUCGAUCAUCAGGAUCCCAAGCUCCCACUUGUGAAUCCUGCUGAUGCCAACAAGGAUCACAUCAUCGAAUCCGACACCACUGAUGGCGAGAAUCCCAAGGACUCGCUGCUCAGCUCGCAAGAUUCCAAAAAACGUGGACGCAAGCGCUCAACAAAGGCUUGCGAACUUGAUCUCAAGGUCAGUGGGCAAUUGUCGAGAUUGAAGCUCAUCUCUGAUAUCGAAGCGACGGCUUCAUCACUCACCACUGCUGAAGGCCUGUCGUCACUCAAGGCUCGCAUGGAGGUGCUCACUCAAGAAUGGCAACAGUUUUCAUUAAUCCAUGACCAUUUAGCCUCCAAUGCCACUGAAGAAUUUCUCCAACAUCCAUACAUCAAGGACGGCACCUUUGAUGUAUCAUACAGAUCUUACAUUGGGGCUCGCACAGCUUUAAGCACUCUCAUUCAUCAACUAGAUGCUCCAGCUCAACCCAUUCCAGCUCAACAAGUUGCACCACGAGUUCCUCAUCGUGUGGCCCUGCCUCCACUGAACAUCAAUCACUUCUCUGGUGAUUACGCCAAAUGGCCAGAGUUCAGGGAUAUGUUCACCUCAAUUGUCAUCAAUUGUGAAGGUCUUCAAGAUGUCGAGCGUCUCCACUACCUAAAGACUCAUUUAACAGGACAGGCAGCUCAAUUAAUAGCUAGUACACCAAUGUGCAAUGAGAACUUUGCAAGUGCAUGGGCUGCAAUUCAGAAGAGGUACGAUGUUCCUCGUCUACUAGUCUCAGCACAAUUGGACAAAUUAUUAAAUUUACCAACUUUGACAUCGAAGUCUGCCAAGCAGCUCUACUCAAUCAUCGAUCAGACCCAUGAAGCGAUCAGUGCACUCGUCGCUCAACAAGUCAAUCUUUGUGCCGGAGAUUGCUACCUUCUAACUCGACUCAUCAUAUCGAAACUGGAUCGAUCAACCCGAGAAGCAUGGGAAUUAUCAUUGGGAUCAUCAGUGGAAUUUCCAUCUCUCUCACAGCUUCGUCAAUUCUUGACUGAACGCGCUCGAGCUCAAGAACGGUACGAGGAGAGUACCAACAAGCCUGGCGAUCAACAGAGGUCAAGUCACUCCAGCUCAAGAUCCACCGCCAAGGCCAUCAAGGGCACAGCACACGCCCACAUGGCUACUUCAAGCACUCAAGGCUCAACGGUGAUUCCAGCGUCUCAUGCAGAAGGGAAAAGGACUCCAGUGGCUCAAUACCCAUGUGACCUGUGCAAGGGAGACCAUUACGUGGUCAGGUGUGAUCAAUUCGGCAGGAUGACACCACAAGAGCGGAUUCAAGUGGUGGAUCAAUUCAGACUGUGUCCAAACUGCCUUGGACACCACCGAGUCGAAACAUGCAAGUCUCGGUUCAGAUGUAAAGUCUGUCAAGGCAUUCAUCACUCGAUGAUUCACCCAGAUGGAUCAAUCACAUCAACUUCAACCACUUCGGCUCAACAACAAUAAAAUACUGUGCUUCCGCACAACAAUCAUCAAGCUCCAGGAUCAUCAUACUCGUUCAACACCGUUGCCCAACUUCAAGAUCACCGUACUCAAGAUUCAACAGAUCCAGAUCAUCAUUCAUCAGUUCCAGACUCAUCAACUGGUUGUGUUCCAGCUCAACAUGCUGCAACGUUACUCGCAACGUGCCAAGUCAAUGUCGUGACCAAGCUAAGUACUCAUCCAAUUCGCAUAUUACUAGAUUCCGGUUCUGAAAUCUCUUUUAUUUCAGAUACAUUGGUACAAUUAUUACAUUUACGCCGCACACGUUCCAAUAUAGCCAUUUUAGGAAUCGGCUCAUCAAAGGCUGGCCACACCAAGGGAUGUGUGACAAUUACACUAGUGUCACAACAUUCAGACCAGUCACUCACGCUGCAGGUUCAUAUCCUAGGUGGAUUAACGGCUCAAUUACCAGCUACCUUAAUAGUAGAUGCCGAUGUGGCUCAAUUCUCGGAUCUUACGCUCGCCGAUCCAGCCUUUGCCUCUCCAGGCCCAAUUGAUGUCAUCAUUGGAGCUAACUACUAUGGUCAAGUCAUCACUGGAGAGAUUAUCAGAUGCGAAGCACCUGGAUUGCUCGCAAAAAAUACAAUUUUUGGAUGGAUCAUCCUUGGUCCAGUCCAAGCUAACUUAACAACACCACCUAGGGCUCACCACGCUGUCUCCAAUCAACAUGAUCAGGAUCUCCAGGAUCUAUUAUCCAGAUUCUGGCUUCAAGAGGAGGUCAUGUCCAAUCAUUCGCGCUCGCUAUCACCCGACGAAGAAGCCUGUGAGGCCCACUUCAAGGAUACUCAUUCACAAGACAGC